CGGCAGGCAGGCAGGCCAUGUGCGCGCGGCGGAGCCCGCAGGCAGCGCUUUGGCUGCCAGAUAAAGACGUUUUUGUUGUCAUCUCGCCUCCGUCCCAGCCCUCCGCCUCCCGCGCUCCCACCCACCCUCGGCCAGCGGCUCCCAGGAACAAAACCCCCGCGCGCCGCGCUCGGCCAACGCUCGCUCGUGGCGGAGCCGCGGUGCCGAGAGGAGGAGGAGGAGGAGGAGGAGGAGGGAGACAGCCAGAGAGAAAUUGUCUUGGGGAUUAAUAAGAGGCAGGAGGAGGGAGAGGUGCACGCAGGCAAACAUCUGGACCAUGAGGGUGGCCUUCGGAUUGCUUCUCCCACUCGUUCUCGUGCUGAUCUCGGAGGUGAGCGGGCAGCGGAGGAAGCCCCCCCGGAAACCCACCCGCCCGCCUCCCGAGCCCAUCGAGCCCGAGGAACCCGUCGAGCCCACCGAGCUGCCCCCACCCCUGCCUCCCGGUCCCCCCUCCGUCUUCCCCGACUGCCCCCGGGAAUGCUACUGCCCCCCGGAUUUCCCCUCUGCCCUGUACUGUGACAGCCGCAACCUGCGGAAGGUGCCCAUCAUCCCGCCCCGCAUCCACUACCUCUACCUCCAGAACAACUUCAUCGACGACCUCCCGGAGGAGUCCUUCAGGAACGCCACGGGGCUGAAAUGGGUCAACCUGGACAACAACCGCAUCCGCAAGGUGGACAGGAGGGUGCUGGAGAAGCUGGAAAACCUCAUCUUCCUCUACAUGGAGAAGAACCAGCUGAAGGAGGUGCCCGCCUUCCUGCCGCCCAACCUGGAGCAGCUGCGGCUGAGCAGGAACCAGAUCUCCAAGAUCCCUGCCGGGGUCUUCAACAAGCUGGAGAACCUGGUGCUCCUGGACCUGCACCACAACAAGCUCAGUGACGGCGUCUUCAACAAAAACACCUUCAAGGGACUCAAGAACCUCAUGCAACUCAACCUCGCCCACAACAUCCUGAGGAAAAUGCCCCCCGGCGUGCCCAACGCCAUCCACCAGCUCUUCCUGGACAGGAACAACAUCGAGGACAUCCCCAGCGACUACUUCAAGGAGUUUCCCAACCUGGCCUUCAUCCGGCUCAACUACAACCAGAUCUCCGACAAGGGGCUCCCCAAGAACUCCUUCAACCUCACCAACCUGCUGGUGCUGCACCUGGCCCACAACAAGCUCACCAACGUCCCCUUCAUCAGCUCCAAGCUGGAGCACCUCUACCUGAACAACAACUCCAUCGAAAAAAUCAACGGGACGCAGAUCUGCCCCACCUCGCUGAUGUCCAUCCAGGACUUCUCCCCCUCCGACUUGGACAGCGUGCCCCGGCUCCGGUACCUGCGGCUGGACGGGAACCUGCUGAAGCCCCCCAUCCCCUUGGACCUGAUGAUGUGUUUCCGUCUCCUGCAGUCCGUGGUUUUCUAGCCCCGCGCGCCUCUCCCAGGACUUGGCUUUGCACAGAGACUCGACCCCGCCGUCGGCGUUUGACACUCGGGACCCCCUUUGCCUCCCUCUCCCCCUGCUCACACCCUGCCUCUCCGUCCCUCUCGUGUCCCCACUUUUCCUUGCCUGCAGUGGCCGUGGGCUCGUGUGGCUUCUGCCUCCUUGGGGAGCGUUGGCUGCAGGAUGGCACCGUGGUGCAGAGGCUGUCCCAGCUCCCAGCAUCAGCCCUGCCUCGCCUGCCCGGACCCUGGCCAGCUCUGGAGCUGGCUCUGUCUCCCCCCUUGACCUGGCCGAGGUUUGGGAGGUCCCAGCUUGGUCCCAAAGCAUCUCCUGAUGGAGCUGAGGUGAUAGGAUAGGAGUGAGCUGAGCAGCAGGGCAGCUAGCACAGUGCCCCAGGGUGGAGCUCUUUCAGCUCAGAGGCAGCCACAGCCUGUACAAACACCAAACCCCCCAAAAUCCUAAAAUCCAGCCGGCUGCAUCCCGGUUCUUGGCACCUCAGCGUGCACCAGAGCCGGGCACAGCCCCUCUUUAGGAAGCCCGGGGGGCUGCGUGCCCACGGGACCACCUCCCAUCACACCGGGUGCUCCUGUGGCCACCUCCACCCGUGGAUCCCUAGGGAAAAAAUAAUUCAAAUAAUAAUAAUAAAAAAAAUAAACCCAGAAACCAAAGCGUGAUGGAGCAGGGCUGCCCCCGGGCAGGGUGGUGCCAGGUCCCCGCCGAGGUCCCCUCGUUCCCCGGCCGGCUCGGGGAGCGGGGACCGGGGUUGGCACCGCCGGGUAGGGCCGGCAACGACCCCUCGUGGCCGGAGCCACGUCCCAGGACCGGGCCGAGGCAGCCUCGAAUUUUUGGGGAGGCUCCAGCCCCCGCUCUGCCUCGCUCCGGGGCUCUCCGGCUCCUGGGACCGGUGGAAAUUUAGCAGGAGGCGAUGCGCAAGUGGGCAGCCCCCGCGCUCCUGUUCCCUGCGGGGUUUAUUUGGUGAGACCGGCCCCACUCCUCCAUCCUCCCCCUUCCCAAAUUUCAGCCCCCGCCUCCUGCCACCCCCCCCCGGGGCUGGGUGACCCCCUCGCCAUCCCCGCUCCUCUCUCACGACCCCUCUCCUCCCCACGCCCCCCUCGCUUUCUCCAGCCGAAUGCGCGCGUCUGGUUUUGCCUUGUGGGUUGGGUGAUAUUUUUUUUUUUUUGGUUUGCUCGUGUUUUUGUUGUUGUUGUGUUUGAAAAAGGAAAGGGAAGGAAAAGGGAAGAAUUAUUCCUUGGGAAAAGCCGUUUUUUCUCCCCUCCCCUCCCCUUUUCCACAUGUAUCGCUUCCCUCUUGGAUAGCCAUACCUGCAUAUAUAGGGUGUCCGGGUUUAGAGGGGUUAUUCUCCAUUUUUUCUUCUUCCCGAUUCUCAGGAUUUAGAUUUAAGGCCGAGCAUCAGAGGGAAAAAAAAAAAAAAAAUCUCAUCAAAAUAAGCAGUAAAGCAAUAAACCAAAGAAACCAGCCAUUACCUCCUUGGUGUUCAGCCACCAAAAAUGACCCUUCCCUGGGGUGGGCACGGACGGGCACCGUGCCCCGCUCCCCAGGAAGGGGACGGGGACGGGGAUGUUCCUGCAGGGAGCCCCCUCCCCAAAUGCCCUGCAUGCACCAGAGCUGGGCUGCAGCCAGCGCUGGAAGGAUCGUUGAACCCCUGUGCUAAUUUGAGCUGGUUGCGUUGUUUUGCUUUGAAAGAAUAAAAAUCUCUUCUCCGAC